AUGACUGGUACUGGUUUUUUAAUUUUAUUUGGCCUCAAUUGUGUGCUGGUUUCAUGUAAAGGUAUGACGUUCUUUCUUUUUUAAAUUUUUAAUGAAAGACACUGGUAGUGUGGGAAAUGGGUAAGCGUGCGCACUUUUCACGUUUGUACGGCGUUUCAACCAUACUUUCGGCUUUUUAGCUCUCACCACCAACUAUGACUUUUUGAUUUGACCCACUUUUUUCACCCAUGUUCACGGAUCAUAGCUGCAUGUGGACCAAUGAUUUCAUCACACAGGAACCCCACAACUCAAAAUUUUAAUUUGAAAAAUCUGUACUUUAUAUUUUGGUUUUUAUCAGACAGUAACAGGCUUGAACAAACCGAAGGCGAUAGUUAUAGAACGCAGGUUAAGUCAGGAGUAUCGACGGAGAACUUCUAAUUCGAGGGGACACGUAUCGGAGGAGAACUGUUGGGGGUUAAAUUGACGAGUUAAAUUGUGAGUUUUAGUCCGAGGAUAAUUAGAACAGUUAUACUGUAAGUUAUGACUGCAUGUAUAAGCAUAACUACUUAUUCCGUCGGCUAGAAUGUCUUGUUCCUCUGUCAACCAGUGCUUCCUUGCGUUUCCUGAAGAAUGUCGUUAUUGUCCCCAUCUAUAUAUUAGCCGAAGUUUUUUAACCAUACCUCCCCUACUCGUUAGAGCGCUAAAGGCCAUCUGGCCAUGUUACACGGUGCAAUUUUUCUUGCAACUUGCAAUGCAAUUCUACUCUCAACAUAUCGAAAAUUCUUCACUGAUUUCACUAAUUAACAUCUCUCAAGAGUAGAAUUGCAUUGCAAGUUGCAAGAAAAAUUGCACCGUGUAACAUGGCCUUAAGUCACAAUUAUCUCGUGGCCUUCGGAUAUGUCAGUUACUUUAACACCAAUGUUAUACGCCAACGACUGCAGUAUAUAGUUCGGUAUCUCGUCCAAAGUAAACGAAAAUAUUUUUCCAGUACGGCCCGACCUAGACGGUAAACAACGUAUUUAUUUUUUAUUUAAUGGUUCAUGGUUAUAAUGAAUUCCAAUAUAUUUAAAAUUCCAGUUGCGAAGUUUGAGAUCAGUUGCGUUUGUUACUUUAGUCACAGAGAAGAGAUAUACAGAUAGGAAACUCUCGAUAACCUGAAUUUUUGUGUCACGCGUUCCACGCGCCACGCAAAAUCUUCCAGCCACUGCCGUCGCUGAAAUUUCAUAGCAAACGAUAGGGAAAACGCCGUUUGUUGAAAGGUGAAAAUCGCUUUUUAAAAAAAAUGAGAUACCCAUGGAAAUUUUGUUCAAUAAAUUAUUGUAGAAUAACGGUAAGCGAUCACUUUUAUUGAUUUCUUUUUAUUAAAAGUGUUAUUUUGCAAAAGUUUGUUUUGCCCUAUAUCUACUCCUUAUUAAAAUCGUGAAAAGCACUGGCUGGGAAUUUCAGAUACUCAUGUAUAAAAAAAACAAAGCAGCAAAUGAUAUAAACUCCUCAAAAUAUAACUCUCGCAUAAAAAAAACAUGAAUACUUCUACAAUACGUAUAGUUUUUCCUCUGCAUUGUCAAAAUUUAACAAAAUAGUGAAUUAAUAUAAUUUUAUAUAGUUAUUAGACUGAAUAUAUCGGUGUGACACAAUUUGCCGCGUAUUUCCUCUCUGUAUAUCUCUUCUCUGCAUGUGCUUUAAUAGUUUAAUAGUACAAGCAUGGCUGACAAACUGCUAAAACGACGCGAUAAUAUAGCUGGAUUUUUAGCUUUUAUUUUCAUUGCAAUAGAUACUUUUCUACUCAACAAAACAACACAAGCUAAACUAAGUAAAAAUAUUUAUUUUCCGGAUCGUUUUACAGCAUGGACAUGCUUGAAAAGUGCUUUGUGACAGACAACUACAUGCAAAUUUUAAUUGCCGAAAAACGAAUUGUUCAUUUAAACAACAUUAUUAUAAAAACAAUUUUGAUCGAAUUAAGCUUUUAAGCUCAGGAAUCGUCCUUAAACUGCCAGUUAAGGUAUAUUUUUAGAAUUUUAUGUUAAGGACAGUCGAGGACAAGUUGUACGUUGUAGUAUUUAUAUUUAUAUGUAUAUAUUCUUAAAGAAUAGGUGAAUAUAUAUGUGGAAUUUCACAUAUACCCCAAAGAGAUUUCUUGUAAAUGUUGACGGAACACUGAUUGACCCAAACGUACGUAGUUCACCAGUAUAUGAUUAUUUAAACUUUUAAACAGUAGGGAAAUAUUUUUUGCUGUAUAGGGCAAGUCUAUCCACCAUAUAACGGGAGAACGAUAGUUAUUCUACCUGGAUCAACUGCAAUAUUAAACUGGUCAUUUGUCGGCGAUCCUUCUAAAGCUUCUCUAGCUUGGUAUUUCACAAAAAGAGGUAGUUCAAAUGAAGAAGAACUUGCUGCAAAAUUUCGCACUAUGGCAACUAUAAUAAAUAACAGCAGCUUACCCGGGGUUGCAGUAGAACCGCCAGCAACAUUGGUUUUAAAGAAUGUUGAUGAACGUUAUAAUGGAAAAUACCAGUUUGGCGUUCAAAUAGCUGGUGGUGGUGGUAAGGCUGAAGUUGAUGUUUUUAUUGCAGGCAAGUUUUGA